UGCGACGAUCUGUAUGCGCCGUCGUUUUCUUUAUGAAUGCUUGAAGCAAGCGACGGACGAAGUCGAGUUAUCCUCGUUGUACCUUCCGGCUUGGCCUGGGGUGCGUUGAACUCGAAACCCGAGGAUAUUACCUCCUCGAAUGUCUUCCGUGCGAUAUUCGAGCGAAGUAUAGCGGCGGAUGUGAAUGAACUCGAAUUAAAAUACAGGUGGAACGGGGUGGCCAGCGGUUCUCGCCGACUCGAGAACUGUUGGCAAAUUCCCGGUGAUUCACGCGGUAGAAAAGAUGAAGAGGCUUCUGGAAGGGAACGAGCGCGUAGAAAAACGCGACAGAUACUCUUAAUAUGGAAUAUGCUCGUGUGAUCUCGAAAUGCAAUCGCCUUUGCUGAUUCGUGCCAAGGGCGAUAAAAAUCGCCCGACAGCCGCUAUCUCUAUCUUUCCCUCUUUGAGGUUGACUCACGGUAGCACGUUUUCUUGGUGAACGUCCGCGCCUGAACGCCUCGCUCUCGACUUUGUUCGAUUUUUGGAAUUCCCCCCCGAAGUGUUUUUAAAAUUGUCGCGCUAAACGAUAUUUAUGCCAGAACAAUCCGCUUGAAAGAUUUUAAAAUUAUCUAUCGGGUAUCGCGUGUCGCAACAUCGUAAAACCGCAUAAAAUAAGCGGUCGUUUCUUUCCGUUACGCGUUUUUUGCUAGCAGUGUCAAGAAUUGAUGGCAGACCUGUUCCCAGACUGUAUUUUGUUGGGAGCAAUAUCGUUGAUAAUGACGAACUGCGCAGAAUAAGACGCGUUUCCUGUUCAUCGACGAUUCAUCAUCUUCGCGUUUCGUCGGUUUAGCAACGGAAUACGAGACAAGGAAACUUUCCAGCCGGACCGCAGCGAUUUCGAAACGUCAGCGUGAGUCAUUUGCCUUGCAUCGGUCAAGGGUUAAUGCAUUAAAAAAUAAAAAAACACCCGACGUCUGAUUGCGUACCGCGCAACGUUUCAACAACUGACCUAUGUCUCCCGCCAAGGUGGACACGCUUCUUUCUAAUCCCACACAAAAUCGAACAAUCGGACUCUGAGAAGAUGCGUCCGUGGUACGAAGAAAAAACAACGAGUAGGAAACCUAAGGUUUACUUUUAAUGUUUCUAAUGGCAUUUAGUUAAACCUUAACUACGGUCGUGCGGUCCCACAGACAGCACUGUAAUUUCUUUUUCACCCAACCUUGGAAUCAUUUAGCUUUAACAAGCCGUACUUUCCAGUACCCUCCUAAACCCCAGACGACUUUUUGUACGCCGAGUAUGCAUUCGUUGCAACGACGUUUUCUUUGUGAUUUUCAUGCGUGUCGGACCUUGGAUCAAAUAUUUUUUUACUUUCCAUCGUAAAUUAUUUUAAUAUCGUACUAAACAACUACGAAAAUGUGUACAUAUAUGUUCCCAGCGUGUACCGAUAUCGAACGCAUUGGUUCACGGCCUUCUGAAACGCGUGAAAAGUGAGUGGAAGUAAGGUCAGUUUCUCCGGUAUAUUUAUUAACAAAUUUAACAUAGAUAUCACGUGAUCAAUUAAUUACACUUAAAAGUGUCUUGAGACAAUUUAUUUUUCGUUGCAGUUCAUCUAGAAUGACCUUGAACGACCUUCAUUUCAUUUGAGAAGAAAAAAAACAGGUUUGAUCUUUGGUCAGGUAUCAUCUCUACGCCUACACUCAUAAGAAACCCAGCAACUUUAGUCUGUUCUUUUCUCUCACCAUUGUUAUUCAAAAUACGAUGUUCUAAUAGAAAUUCCGUCCUUUGCAGGUAAGAAUAUCGUCUGCGGUACCGGUCCCAGCGACGAACGGUUUUUCCCAACCGAACGGUGACGGCGGAACGUGUGAAUUAUACUCAUGCCCGGAAUAUUGAUAAAUCGGACUGUUCGAAUUUUGACCACGUUUCAGGAAAUCGGGCCCGUCGGGCCCCCGGCGAACGCGGAACGUUCGGGAUACGUGGCAUUCCGCAGUGGACGCCGCCAGGAUGUUCUCCAGGCGGUGUCCGUAGGAGACGUCCGGGGUCGACCUUGAAACCACCAGACUCGAUCCAUUGUGUUUCUCGCGAAGGAGGCCAGUUAGAAAGAACAUCGAUCACAUCCAAGGAUAGACCUCAAAUAAAUCUCUGCGCGUAUGGGCCGCUUAAGGCAAAGUACAUAUUAUCGACUUUUUGUCGCGCAACAGUAAGAGGUACGAGGGUAGAUUGAUAACUAUAGUAUCCCACAGCGCCAUUAGGCGAGUAAUAGGAAUAUAAAGAAAUUUUAAAUCUGCAAACUCUCAGUGUCAUUUAUUAUGAGUUGAACUUUUCAGUUGCGUUUCUUCAUGAAGGGAAAAAAUGGAGAGGGUAUUUUAUAGGAUUAGAGUUCUCAAUCAUUAAUCAACCCUCUUUUCUUAUACUCGAAUCCGGACAAAUGUCACGCGGAGAAGUUUGUGUAAAAUCACUGUUCUCUUAAUGUAUUAUUAUUUUGUUACAUUAGCUGCUUCUUUAUCUGCCCCAACAUACGCCUUUCUUUUAUAUUCCCCGUUGAAUAGGGAACUAUUCAAAUGGGUCUUUAAUUACACAGGUGCCUGUCGCUAGAAGUGAUGGUCGCUCAUGCUGAAGAAAUAUAAACAGUGGUGGGGCGACUCCAUUAAUACGAGAGACCUUCGCUGGGUAGGCGAAACACUCGCGUCGGGCCCUAUCACGUUGAAUAUCAGCUGCUGACCGAUGUACCGUAUUCCAUCAUAAUUCAUAUCGCGCUGUGAAUCUGAAUUCCAGGCCCAAGAUCCGGGGAAGAUUAAAUUACGUUAUUAACAUAGAAAGUUGUAUCGCUGGUAAACCGUUCCGUUCGAUGGCCUUUUGAUCGCUGGUGAGUUAGGCGCGAGAGAAUGAAUUUCUGACGUGAAUGUGUCGAUGGUGCCCGAAUACGUCUCGGUCCCAUCGCUACUCUUGGCCCAAUCCGCAGAGCGUUACGGGGUACCCUCGCUCGCCGUUCUCGUCGUCCUCGAGUGGGUGGGGGGAAUCCUGGUCUCGGGGAACGGAGACACGAGGCAUACGCGGAGCGAACGGGGCCCCGCGAUUCUUUUUCACUCGGCCGCGUCGUGCACGUGUGUCGUCCCUCGCGCGAGCCGACGACCGAAGAAGCCCGUCGUACGCGGAGUGGUGCCGUGUCCCGAGUAGUCCACACGUAGUUCUCCUUCUCCCCUCGGCGAAUUCGCUGGUGUCGUUUCACCUUGCACGCCUCCGUGACCGUUCCUCGCCUACCGUGUCCGUUCCUCCGUCGUCGCGCCACGCCGUUCCCCGAUCCCCGUCCAGUCGACGUUGUUCCGCGCGGACGGACAGGAUGCGUUCACGCGGUCGCUGUUGAGCACGUACGUGCACGCGAGUCCCGCGACGAACCAGGGUGCGUGUGGUUCGAGCGUACGCAAGCCUACCUGAAUAGGAAAGAAAUGCACGGGCUGGUGGUGUUAUCGCGACGAUGAUGCGACGACGACCACCGCCGGGACGUGACCUGACGCGGCUCACCGCGUUCAUCUGGCUACUUUGGUGUGUCUUGCCUGCUGGGACCGGUGUGCUUCACAGCUAUGCGGAUAAACAGAGGUACGAUGGAUGGUACAACAAUCUGGCUCAUCCGGAUUGGGGAUCGAUCGACAGCAGGCUGAUACGAAAGAUGCCAGCAGCGUAUUCCGAUGGAGUUUACAUGUUGGCAGGGCAGGAUAGACCCUCCCCGAGGAAGCUCAGUCAACUGUUCAUGCAAGGUGACGACGGUUUGCCAUCGGUGAAGAACAGAACAGCGUUGUUCGCGUUCUUCGGGCAACUGGUCACGUCAGAGAUAAUCAUGGCCAGCGAGAGUGGCUGCCCCAUAGAGUACCAUCGGAUCGACGUAGACAAAUGCGACCCGGUUUUCGACAAGGAGUGCCAAGGUAACAAGUACAUUCCCUUCCGUCGGGCGGAUUACGAUCGCCGAACCGGACGCAGCCCAAAUAGCCCCCGUGAACAGAUAAACAAAGUGACGAGCUGGAUCGACGGUAGCUUUAUCUACUCGAGCAGCGAGGCAUGGGCGAACACAAUGAGAUCGUUCAAGAACGGAAGUCUUCUGAUGGAACCGACGCGAAAAUUCCCAGUGAGGAACACCAUGCGCGCCCCUCUCUUCAACCACGCGGUUCCACACGUUAUGAGGAUGCUCAGCCCGGAACGACUUUAUCUUCUCGGUGAUCCACGGACGAAUCAGCAUCCGCCAAUGCUGGCGCUGGGAAUAUUGUUUUAUCGGUGGCACAACGUUGUCGCCGCACGGAUACAGCUGGAAAACCCGAACAUGAUCGACGAAGAGAUCUUUCAGAAAGCACGACGCAUCGUUGUGGGGACUCUUCAGAAUAUCAUUUUGUACGAAUACAUUCCCAUGCUGUUGAACGAAGAACCGACACCUUACGCGGGUUACAAACCAGAUCUUCAUCCAGGGAUCAGCCAUAUAUUCCAGAGCGCAGCUUUUCGGUUUGGGCACACCCUCAUACCACCCGGUAUAUAUCGUAGGGAUGAAAAUUGCGAGUACAGAAGAACCAACACAGAUCAACCGGCCAUCAGACUUUGUUCCACAUGGUGGGACUCAAAUGAAGUUCUAACGAAUAGUACGAUCGAGGAGCUCAUAAUGGGCUUGACAUCUCAAAUAGCCGAGAAAGAGGACAAUCUCCUCGGUACCGACAUCAGGAACAAUCUCUUUGGACCCAUGGAAUUCUCCCGCAGAGACUUGGGCGCCUUGAACAUCAUGCGUGGGCGAGACAACGGGCUCCCAGACUACAACACUGCCAGGUCUCACUUCAAACUGUCGCGCAGGAAAACUUGGAACGAAAUUAAUCCGGAACUAUUCAACAAGAAUCCCUCUCUGCUACGCACACUGGUGGAGAUCCACUCGAACAAUCUGAACAACGUGGACGUUUACGUGGGCGGAAUGCUGGAAUCCAGUUCUGGCCCAGGCGAGCUCUUCACCGCGGUGAUCAAAGAGCAAUUCCUCCGUUUGAGGGACUCGGAUAGGUUUUGGUUCGAGAACGAGGAGAACGGGAUUUUUACCAAAGGCGAAAUAGAAGACAUUCGCCGUGUCACUUUAUGGGACGUGAUUAUAAACGCGACUGGUAUAUCAUCGGAUGCUAUACAGAAGAGCGUGUUCCUUUGGGAGGAGGGAGAUCCUUGUCCUCAACCCUAUCAACUGAACUCGACGAUGUUGGAGCCGUGCGUUCCAUUGCAACGUUACGACUAUUUCGAGGGAAGCGAACUGGUGUACAUAUACGCCUGCGUUUUUCUCGGCUUCGUGCCGAUCCUGUGCGCCGGUGCCGGAUACGGUCUGGUGAAGCUGCAAAACCGACGCAGGAGGCGACUGAAGAUCCUGCAGGAAGCGAUACAGAAGAGAAACGACGGUAAGAUCUGCGUGGACAAGAUGAUCGUGCGCGAAUGGCUGCACGCGAACCAUCGUCGUCUGGUCAAGGUGAAAUUCGGGCCGGAAGCCGCGCUGCAUAUCGUCGAUCGCAAGGGAGAGAAACUCCGCACCUUCGACUUCAGCGAUGUGAACACCGUUACUAUGGAGGAGUCCCAGGAGAACGAGAACGGGCAUCGUAAGGCCUUGGUAUUGCUACGGAUACCACGGGACUAUGACCUUGUCCUUGAGCUGGAUUCCCUGGCCUCGCGUAGAAAGUUCAUUGCGAAACUGGAGGCAUUUCUGGCGUCCCAUAAGAAGCACUUCACGCUAUCCCAAGUGGGCAGGGACAUUAUGCUUGCGAAAGCGGAAACGAAGGAACGCCGUCAAAAGAAACUCGAGCAGUUCUUCAGGGAGGCUUAUGCUCUCACGUUUGGGCUACGACCCGGCGAAAGGCGACGACGAUCCGAGGACAGCGACAGCGGUGAAGUGGUCACCGUGAUGAGAACCUCGCUUUCUAAAAGCGAAUUCGCCAGCGCGCUUGGGAUGCGGGCGGAUGCGGUGUUUGUAAAAAAAAUGUUCAACAUCGUGGACAAAGACAGGGACGGUCGUAUUUCCUUCCAGGAAUUCUUGGACACCGUCUUGUUGUUCUCGCGCGGUAAAACCGAGGACAAGCUGAGGAUCAUUUUCGACAUGUGCGAUAAGGACAGUAACGGAGUGAUCGAUAAGGAGGAACUAUCCGAAAUGCUUAGAUCACUAGUGGAAAUCGCGCGGACGACUAGUCUCUCGGACGAUCAUGUCACUGAACUGAUAGACGGAAUGUUUCAAGACGCUGGGCUCGAGAGAAAGGAUUACCUCACCUACAACGAUUUUAAGCUGAUGAUGAAAGAGUACAAGGGGGAUUUCGUGGCGAUCGGGCUGGAUUGCAAAGGCGCGAAGCAAAAUUUCCUGGACACGUCUACGAACGUAGCCCGCAUGACCAGUUUCCAUAUCGAUCAGCUUCCAUCAGAGGAUUCCAAGAACUGGGUACGAAAACAGUGGGACGCGGUGUCAACAUUCCUCGAGGAAAACCGACAGAAUAUAUUUUACCUGUUCGUUUUCUACGUCACGACCAUAGCGCUUUUCGUCGAGAGAUUCAUAUAUUACUCCUUUAUGUCCGAGCACACGGAUCUGAGACACAUAAUGGGGGUCGGGAUCGCCAUAACCAGAGGAUCGGCCGCUGCCUUGUCAUUCUGCUACAGUUUGCUACUUUUGACUAUGUCGCGUAACCUCCUGACCAAAUUGAAGGAAUUCUCUAUCCAGCAAUAUAUCCCAUUGGAUUCUCACAUUCAGUUUCACAAGAUCGCUGCCUGCACAGCGCUAUUUUUUUCUGUCCUCCACACGGUCGGACACAUGGUCAACUUUUAUCACGUUUCGACCCAGCCUUUGGCGCAUCUUCGUUGCUUGACCAGCGAGCUCAGUUUUCCUAGCGAUGCUCGCCUCACGAUAUCGUUCUGGCUGUUCAGGACCGUGACAGGUUUGACCGGAAUUCUAUUGUUCGUCGUGAUGACGAUAAUCUUCGUCUUUGCUCAUCCAACGAUCCGUCAGAAGGCGUACAAGUUCUUCUGGAUGACUCACAGCUUGUACGUGGUGCUCUAUGCACUGUGUCUGAUUCAUGGUUUGGCUCGUUUAACAGGCUCCCCGCGAUUCUGGAUUUUCUUUGUCGGUCCAGCGCUCAUUUACGCUCUCGAUAAGAUAGUGAGUCUACGUACCAAGUUCAUGGCGUUGGACAUCAUCGAGACGGAACUGUUGCCGUCGGACGUAAUAAAGAUCAAGUUUUAUAGACCGCCGAAUUUAAAGUAUCUGUCGGGUCAGUGGGUCCGCCUCUCGUGCACCGCCUUCAGAUCGAACGAAUUCCAUUCGUUCACCUUGACCUCGGCGCCUCAUGAGAACUUCCUGUCGUGUCACAUCAAGGCGCAGGGUCCGUGGACGUGGAAAUUACGAAAUUACUUCGACCCUUGCAAUUACAAUCCGGAAGUCGAGCACCCGAAAAUAAGAAUAGAAGGUCCGUUCGGUGGCGGUAACCAAGAUUGGUAUAAGUUUGAGGUCGCCGUUAUGGUCGGUGGUGGCAUUGGCGUUACUCCUUACGCUUCCAUGCUGAACGAUCUUGUCUUUGGAACUUCUACGAACAGAUACUCCGGAGUUGCGUGUAAAAAGGUCUAUUUUCUGUGGAUAUGCCCCUCUCACAAACACUUCGAGUGGUUCAUCGACGUCCUCAGAGACGUGGAAAGGAAGGACGUCACGGACGUUUUAGAAAUUCACAUAUUUAUUACACAAUUCUUUCACAAGUUCGAUUUACGUACCACUAUGCUGUACAUUUGCGAGAACCAUUUCCAGAGGCUAUCCAAGAAGAGUAUAUUCACAGGGCUGAAAGCGAUAAAUCACUUCGGCCGGCCCGAUAUGACUUCGUUCUUAAAGUUUGUCCAGAAGAAACACAGCUACGUCAGUAAAAUAGGAGUGUUCAGUUGCGGUCCGCGUCCGCUGACGAAAAGCGUGAUGUCCUCCUGCGACGAGGUGAACAAGGGCCGUCGUCUCCCGUAUUUCAUUCAUCAUUUCGAGAACUUCGGCUAGCAUGCACGAAUAUUUACCACGAAAGAGGCUGGAGACGAACGAUGAACUUUGUCGUGAAUCUCGUUGGGACUCUACCGAAUGUAUAUAUUUAUACGCGUGUGCGCGUGUCCUUUAUUUAUAACGAGUAUUACAUUUCUUAUUUAUGAUACGAAGGAAACGAACGUUUUCUUUUCGAACGACUAAAUGAUCGAUGUGGACCCUACUAAGUGACGACCGGAUGAUCAGAACUGACAAAACCCGAUCGACGAAGUAUCGAAUAUAGCAAACCUUGGGACUCCUAAGGUGUCCGCUUUGGUUCUCUAUAUUUUUAGUUAGUAUAGCUUUAACUUAU